GGUAGGAGUGAGAGAUAGGAGCGGGAGUUAGAAAUUACUGUUGUGUCUGAUGUGAUAGUGUCAAUACGCAAUUUUGGUAAUAUGCAAAAAGCUUCGAGAUUAAAACGAGAGCUUGAAUUGAUGGUGAAGAGUCCACCAUCCGGUAUUUCAUGUACACUUAAGGAUGAUAACUUUAAUGUGCUCGACGCAAGCAUUGUUGGUUUGGAAGGAACAGCUUAUGAGGCGGGAGUUUUUAAAUUAGAAAUUCAGAUACCAGAAAAAUAUCCAUUUGAACCACCCCAAGUGAAGUUCCUAACACCCAUUUAUCAUCCAAAUAUUGAUUCUGGUGGUCGAAUAUGUCUGGACCUGUUGAAAGUUGGGAAAUGGAAAGCUACCAUUACAUUAUCAUACCUUCUGAUGAGCAUACGACUUCUAUUGGCUGAGCCAAAUCCUAGUGACCCUCUUGUGGCAGAAAUUGCUGAAGAAUUUUUAUUCAACAGACCAUUGUUUGAUAAGACAGCAAGAGAAUGGACCAAACGACACGCCUGCUUGAACUUGGAAAUGCCUUCGGAGAAUGCAGAAGUGAGUCAUUCAUGUGGUGUGCGGAGUGAACCAACGAAAAGAAAAUCUUGGCAAAUGGAAGAUCUUACCCAGGAGCCUAAUGCAUCAAAAUGUUUGAAAACCGAUUGAAUUGUGUGUGUGUGUGUGUGUGUGUGUGUGUGUGUGUGUGUGUGUGUGUGUGUGUGUGUGAGAGAGAGAGAUAAUGGAUAUACUUCAUAACAGAAAAAUCUUGUUGUAAAUUGUGUUCUUUUUAUUCUUGAUUCCUGCCUUCAUAGUACAUGAUACAGUCUUGCAUAGAUUUGCGUAAUUUUCAUUAGUUGUGCUCAUGCAGUGCGGAACAAGUCUUGAACAAUAGUAAAUCAAGAGGCUGUAAAUAAAUUUCAUGACAGUUACUAUUGUGAAAAGGUCUCUCCCAUUGAAAAUUUCUCAAUUGCAAAUCAUAUAGCAACAAAUAAAACAUUACUAUUUACUGUUGCAGUGCCAUUUCAUUGCCAUUGUGUUUUCAUGUCAGGACUUUGUGUCAAAGAGAUCCUUUGUACAUGAGGGCUAUUUGGAAAGUAAGUUCUGUUAAUUUAUAUCAAAAGAAACACUAGUACAUCAAGAAGUUUUUCUUGUUAUAAACAAUUAUAUUAGCUACAGCUAUUUUUAUACUAAUUGACUUCUACAUUAAGGCUCUUGUUAUACUUAGGAAAAAGUUUUGUUGUAGAAUUCUGCUGCCUGUGAGCUAAUAAAUCAGCACUGUACACAUGAUCGAACAAUUCACAAUUGAAAUGUUAAGCAACAUUUUUGUUCAUGCAGCAGUAUCUGGUCUAUCUUUGUCUUACACAAAUAAGACGACAGAGCUCAACAUCCCACCCCCUUCAUUUUUGCAUGGCUCUUCUGGCCUUUUUAGUGUUUCACUGUAAAUUUCGAGUUAUUGUGGUCCUCUUUCCAUAAAAUCAACAAAAACUACUUAUUUUGUGUCCCAAAAAUAGUUGUCGUCAGUGCUUGUGCGAAAAAUGUUUGGCGGCUCUUUGAAGGUUUGCAUGAUGAGCUAGUGUGUCCUCAGUCCAUUGAUUUUUUCCCCCCAUCUUGACGAGUGCAAUCCAUUUUUCAUCCCCUGGCUGUAGUGUGACUCAGGAAUUUGUCUCUUCCUGCAUCAUACCAUAUCAGAAACGUUAAUGCGACAGCAAACCACUUCAUGAUAAUGACAUCAUGCUCAACAGUCAGUCACAAGUUUGCACAACAUUGUCCAUGAUACCUGAGGGAGACUGCUUUAUAAUUGUGUAAUCAUGAACUGAUUGUGUACUGAACGUUGAAACAAAUCCAUUUGUCACAAUGGAUAUUCAUCCAUUUUUGUUCAACCUACCCGAAACAAAUGACACCACUUUCUUACACUCUCUCUCGUAAUGUUUUCUCUGUAUAAUGCACAAAGUUCACUAUAAAUGUGUAGCGUUUUCAUUGUUUUUAUACACAGAAAAAGGAUUACAUAAUUUAAUUCACAGGUGACAGGAUAGUGUAUGAUAGUGACCUGUUUAAUAUACACUUACAGUGCAAACAGCAGUUCAAUAAUCUCACUUUAGCACGGUUAGAUUUGCACUGAGUCGGGCAACACAGCUGUGCCAAAAUUACUCUGCAAUCCCCCUCCAUUAUGUACCAGACAGCAUUGGAACUAACUUUCUGAAUAGUCCUCAUAUAUAUUAUUUGGCAGUUAAACCAUUAUGUGUGCAUUACAUCAUCCAAUUCUUCACAUAUUGAGAGAGAGAGAGAGAGAGAGAGAGA